UUGAAAAUGAAACAAGACAAAGAAAUGUAUCCUGAGGGCGGCUACGGCUGGAUUAUCGUCAUUGCAUCAUCGUUGAGUAGCUUUGUUACAUUAUCAAUCAUACAAUCAUUUGGAAUGGUUCUGAAAGUCACCUUCAGUGAGAGUAAUCUUACAGCUACUCAAAUCUCGCUGAUUAUUUCCAUGAAUGGGGCUUUUGGCAUGUUAAUGGGCCCCUUAAUCGGGCUAAUGCAGAAAAGUUGUGGGUGCAGAAAAGCGGCUUUUCUAGCAGCGUUUCUCACAACUACGGGAAUUAUCCUAACAUCAUUCUCUCACAAUUUCGCAAGUUUUGUUUUUUUUCACGGGGUGAUAACUUCGUUGGGUUUGCACAGUGCUGAAUCGACUCAACGUCUGGCUAUUAACACAUAUUUUAGGGAAAAAAGAAGUUUGGUUACUGGUUUUAUCCUGACUUUUGCCGGUUUGGCACCGAUUUUGGUCCCUCAACUGUUCCGAUUCCUCCUCAAAGUGUAUACAAGUCACCAAACAGCCUUGAUUUACGCCGGGAUUAGUGCACAUCUUUUUAUUUCAGCCAUGCUCCUGCAACCGGUGCAAAAACACCGAAAAAAUUACCAAAUGAUUGAAUUCAACCCGAAACAAGUCAGUCAUUGGAGCAAAUUCGACUUUGACCUCCUCAAAGACCCAGUUUUCGACAACAUUAUUUUAGGCCUUUCCCUCGUCACGUUUGCUGAAAUGUCGUUCACGCUUCUCUUGCCGUUUAUUUUAUACGAUUCAGGCCUGAAUAUGGACCAAGUUGCGAUUUUUUUAUCUAUUUUGGGACUAGCUGAUUUAGUUUCAAGAUUCGCGAGUCCGUGUGUUGGACAUUGGUUGAAAAAAAGUUCGCGAUUUAUGUUCGCAACGUCGAUUGUGAUUGUCACAAUCGUAAAAACUGUUUUCAUUUUCUGUAAAAAUUACAACACACUUCUGGCGAUUGCUGUGGUGUUGGGGUGUGCAAAAGGGUUGCGAAAAGUCUACAUGUGGCUUGUUGUUCCCGAUUACGUCCCGUUGGAAAAACUCCCGACUGCUUCAGGGAUUGAUUUGUUCCUAAGAGGAGUUUGUAUUUUGACAGGAGGGGCCUUGGUUGGGGUCCUGCGAGACGCCACUGGCAGCUACGUCGUCAGUAUUCUUGCAAUGAAUGGCGUUAUGUUGGUAACUCUGUUAUUGUGGACAGGGGAAGCCAUAAUUAUUCGAUGUAAAAAUAAAUUUUAACAAAUUUUAUUGCGACUAAAA